CCUAGUAUAUUUCUCUUCAUCUGCCUCAUCAAUCAUUCAUUCAUUCUCUCUCUCAGCCUUAUCAAUGGCCUGCUCUCCAAAGUCAAAGCUCUUGUUCUUCUCUCUUUGCAUAUUCUUCUCCCUUUGUCUAUCCUUUAAUCCUAGCCAUCCAAAUAAAGUUGAUGUCCAUGAUCUCCUUCCUCUUUACAACCUUCCAAAAGGUCUUCUCCCAAACAAUGUAAAAUCCUACACUAUUUCCCCUAAAGACAACUCUUUUACUGUCCAACUAACACGCCCUUGUUACGUACAGUUCAAAGAUCAACUUGUUUACUAUGAAAAGGAUAUCAAAGGGAAAAUGAGUUAUGGGAAAGUCUCUGAUGUGUCUGGAAUACAAGCUAAGAAGGUGUUUGUAUGGGUAUCUGUAACAGGGAUUAGUGUUGAUGAAGAGUCUCAUAUGAUUGAGUUCCAUGUUGGGUUUUUGUCUGAGAAGUUGCCAGCUAAUGAAUUUGAGGAUAUUCCCACUUGUAAGAAUAAAGGGUGCCAAGAUUCUACCCUUGCUUCAAUAUGAUGAGGACAAACGGAGCUCUAAGGUGCUGUUAUACUUCUUAUGAAGAAUGAAAUGUUGACUUGGCUUCAGGAAAGUAACUCUUCACGCAUGUGGAGUCUAUGUACUAUUCUAAGUUUUCAUGUUCAUAGUAGUCGGAAUGUAUAAUUCAUGUUAUCUACACCAGAGGAAAUUCUUCCUUAAGGGACAUCUAUCUUUGGUGUCUAUUCUUCUUGGCUGACUAUUUCUUUCUUUCCUCUUUCCAAUAUAAAAUCUGCAAAUAGUAAAUAAAUAACAGAUUCUUUCUUUGA